CCUUCCCAAACCCCAAAGUAGUCACUUCUUUUUUCCUUUUUUUACCGUUACUGUAAAUUUUCCCGGAAAAAAAAAAAGAAGAGAAGUUUACUUACUUUCUUGGGUUCUCUCCUCGAUUAGUCAAUUUGGACAACAUCUCUUUCUUCUCUCUUUUGCUUUGCUUAUCUGUUUGUUUGGUCUCCUUCUUCAAUUCUCAGAAAACAGAGUCACCCAACUUUACAACAACAACAACAAAAAAAAACAAACCUUUAGACCAAAGAAUCAAAAUUUCAGUUAUGGGUUAGACUACGAAUUCGAUUACUUCUUCUUCCUCGUCUCUUAAGUAAUCGUUGGUUUGGUGGGGAGUUUAGGGUUUCUGUUUGGGAGUAGCAUAAUGUUGUAUUGACAAAAACGAACAACUCUGGAUUCCUCGGCGGUUAACGACCACCGCCUCCGCCGCCGCCGUCAUAACCCAACCACCACGACCAUCAACGACCUUGAGUUUCAACAAUAUGCUCCAUCAAUGGCGGCUAGCCACCGUUUAGUAGAUUCUCCGUCGCCGCCGAUGAGACACAACCAGCAAUCAGCGUUUACGCCGUCGCCGACGGAGAACGAUGGUGGUUGCGGCGAGAUCGUUGAGGUGCAAGGAGGUCACAUUGUUCGGUCAACCGGGAGAAAAGACAGACACAGCAAAGUCUGUACGGCGAAAGGACCACGUGACUGGCGCGUGAGACUCUCUGCUCCGACGGCGAUUCAGUUCUACGAUGUUCAAGACAGGCUUGGUUUUGAUCGACCGAGCAAAGCCGUCGAUUGGCUUAUCAAGAAAGCUAAAUCCGCCAUUGAUGAUCUCGCUGAGCUUCCUCCUUGGAACCCCGCCGAUGCUCUUCGUCAACACGCCGCUAACGCUAAACCCAGAAAAACCAAAACUUUAGUUUCUCCGCCGCCGCUACAACCUCCGCCGCAGCACCAAGAAACAGAGCAUCAUCAUCAUCAAAUCGGAGAGGAAGAUAACGAAUCGAGUUUUCUUCCGGCGUCGAUGGACUCUGAUUCGAUAGCUGACACUAUAAAGUCGUUUUUUCCGGUAGCUUCAUCGCAACAGAGCUAUCACCAUCAGCCACCGUCACGAGCCAAUACACAAAACCAAGAUCUUCUUCGUCUAUCGCUUCAAUCUUUCCAAAAUGGUCCACCUUUUACUGCUCAAACAGAGCCUGUUCUGUUCUCCGGCCAGAGCAACCCCUUAGGGUUUGACUCAUCAACGGCAAGCUGGGAACAGAAUCACCAGUCGCCGGAAUUUGGAAAGAUACAGAGACUGGUAACGUGGAACAACGGCGGAGCAGCUGACUCCCCCGGAAGUACCGGAGGAGGAGGAGGAUAUGUGUUUGCUUCUCCAUCGCCAGUUUAUAGCCAAAGUCAGCUUUUAUCUCAGAGGGGUCCCCUUCAGUCCAUUAACAACACACCCAUGAUUCGUGCUUGGUUUGAUCCUCACCAUCAUCAUCAUCAUCAGUCCAUGACCACUGACGAUCUCCAUCAUCAUCAUCAUCCUUACCAAUCAGCUAUUCCAGGCAUUGCGUUUGCUUCAAGUGGUGAAUUCUCUGGUUUUCGCAUACCAGCACGGUUUCAUGGGGAGCAAGAAGAGGAGCACGGCGGCGACAACAAACCGUCCUCUGCUUCAUCUGAUUCUCGCCACUAAACAAGAUCCAAACACACACACAAAAUAGUUACUUUUCAUAUUCCAGGGAGCUUCAAUUGCGUGGGAUAGGGAAUGUGUGUUUCGUUCUUGUGCGUUACGGAUAUCGAUCGAAUAGGAGAAGAGAGAAACAGACCUGAUCAACAGUUUCGAGUUUUUCUUCUUCUAAAGUCCAAGCAUUUGUUAAUUUGAGUUCAUCUUUGUAUCAAUUAGAAAACUUUCUGUAACCUCAGUUAAGUUUCACCAUGUUUAGCUCUAGCUACAUAUGAGCUCACACCCUUGUUUGUUGUAACUUGUUCUUGUUGUUUUGUUCUAAAUUAAUUUUCAUUUCCUUAUGCUCUUGUGUUGGAAACCUUUAACCCCACUUGAAGCUAAAGGUUUCAAGCUUUGCCCUUUA